CACUACAAGUGCUGGGAGCCCACCGGUCCCAAAUCAAGAAAUGAACUCUCACUUCCCCCAAAAGCAGAGAGCUUCUAUGCAAACUCUCCUGUUCUUCUAGUUCUCUUUCCCUCUUAUCUUUUCCCCCUCCUUGUUUCUACAUUGCACUGUUAGAGACUCACCUCUGCAAUGUGGAUCAAAUCCAAGUGAAGUGAGAAGCAGCAAACAGAACACAACUCGAAUCACUUCCGAGAUCAUAGUAAUGGCAAAGACCACCAAAACCGUGAGGAAGACCAUAGAGAAAUGCCCGAACAAGGCAUCGGGUCAUCAGUCUCAGAAGCUGGGGAGGACCCAUUCUUGGACAUCUGUGAGGGGCAUCCUGUCCUGCAGGAACCAGAACCCAAAACAGCAGGUCGUGGAACUGAAGCCCAUCGAAGAGCCGGUGGUAUCAGGAGGACCGGCAAACGCGAGCAAGAAGUGCAAGAAAAUGAGGUGCUCAGGCUCACUCUGCAGCAACACCAAAGUCAUGCACAGGCCCCUCGAGACAUCACCUUCGGCCCCAUCGUCUUCGUCCACGCCAACCGGGAAUGGGGCCGCCCACAAGAAGAGGUCCCUGAGCUCAGUGGUUUCUUCUUCUAACUUCACUGCCCCUGCAUCAUUCAAUUCCUCAGCUACCACGGGUGCGGGAGCCGGAGCUGGAUCAUUUAGAGGAGGGAACCGGAUGAACCUGAGGAGGUUCUCCGGGUGCUAUGAGUGUAGAAUGGUGGUGGAUCCUCUUGUCACCAGAGACCCUUCUCUUAGAUCCACCAUUUGCAGCUGCCCGGAGUGCAGCGAGAUCUUCAUGAAACCCGAGAGCUUGGAGCUUCAUCAAGCCGUUAAACAUGCCGUAUCGGAGCUGAGCCCAGAGGACACGAGCAAGAACAUAGUCGAGAUCAUAUUCCAGUCAAGCUGGCUCAAGAAGCAGACCCCGAUCUGCAAAAUCGACCACAUCCUCAAAGUCCGAAACACCCAGAAAACCAUCUCUAAAUUCGAGGAAUACCGUGACCAGAUCAAGUCAAAAGCCUCCAAGUUCGCGAAGAAGCAGUCCCAGUUCCCCCGCUGCGUGGCCGAUGGGAAUGAGCUCCUGAGGUUCCACUGCACCACAUUCUCAUGCCCACUUGGCCUCGACGGGUCCACGAGCCUCUGCUGCAACAACAUGUCAGCCGCCUCGAGAUGCAAUGUCUGCAGCAUUAUCAAGAACGGGUUCAAGGUCGCCGGGGCUGGCGGGGCAGAUGUAAAGGGUAUCUUGACUACCGCGACGAGCGGGCGGGCCCACGAUCGGGCCAGCGGGUGGGCUGCCGGAGAUGCUGGUCGGGCAAUGCUCGUGUGUCGGGUCAUCGCGGGUAGGGUGAAGAAGAGUAAUAAUUGUGCCGGUGAGGUAGGGAAUAACUUGUUGGAGGAGUAUGAUUCUGUUGGAGGGGCUGUUGGGGUUUACUCCAACUUGGAUGAGCUCUAUGUGUUCAAUCCAAGGGCCAUUUUGCCUUGCUUUGUUGUGAUCUACAGGUGGUUUUAAUUUAAUUUAUUUUCCAGGCACUCUUAUUAGAGUUAAUUUCUUUCUUUUAUUUUCCCCUCUUUUGUGAAGAACAUGUGUACCUGAGGGGCUGCUGUAAUUUUUCUUUUCUUUCUCAUGUAAAAGUACAGGUAGUGAAAUGCGGCACGCUUGAAAUUAAGAGAUUUCAAGCUCGAUUCACACUUGGUGAA